AUGGACGCAAUGUUUAACCCUUUCAAAGCACACAUGAAUUCAAGAUGCAAUACCAUCAUCGAAACAUCUUAUAAAGUUUAUAUUGAUAGGUGCUUUUCUUUCUAUCAAAUGCAAGAAUUGUAUAACUUGACAAAUCUGAAGAUACUGGAUUUAAGUGAUAAUCGAAUUGAGAGUAUAAAGAGUUCUCAUGAUAACGGAAGACAACUGAGUCUGCUCAAUUUAGAAAAAAUUGAUUUAAAAGAUAAUCUAUUCGACAACAGCAUACUAGCAGAGCUUAGUGGGUUUUCAAAUCUAAAGUCAUUAGAUAUAAGAUGGAAUAAGCUGAACGGAUCAGUAGAUGCUAAAGAGUUGCAUUUAUUGAGUAAUGUGGAGAAUCUGUUCUUGGAUUCUACUCCUUUGGACAUCAGCUUUUUGCAAAGCAUUGGCGUCUUGACUUCUCUGAAAACCUUGUCCUUGUCUUACUGUGAUCUAACUGAUUUACCUACUCAUCAAGGUUUAUGUUAUCUUAACAAUCUUGAAGAAUUGAAUCUCAAUGGAAAUGCUCUAAGUGGUGCAAUUCCUUCAUGUUUGGGUAAUUUGACAUCUCUUCGCUAUUUGGAUAUCUCAAAUAAUCGUUUCACUGGAAAUAUUGCCUCCUCUCCCCUCACAAAUCUCACAAUGCUUCAAUUCAUCUCCCUCUCAAAAAAUCAAUUUCAACUUCCAGUGUCCUUCAAUUCCUUUGCAAAUCAUUCUCACCUUAAAGUCCUUCUAGCCGAUGAAAACAAGUUGGUUGCAGAACCAAUUGAAUUGGAAAUAUUGGAUUUCUCCAAAAACCAUUUCGAGGGCCCCAUUCCCACGGGAUUAUGCAACUUGGUCAAUCUUGAAUUCCUGGAUCUUUCUCUAAAUCAUCUGUCUGACACUAUUCCAUCUUGCUUUAAUCUACAAAAGGUGAUGCAUGUACAUUUGGCCAAAAACAGACUUAGUGGAACACUUUCAAAUGCCCUUUUUAUAAACUCUUCAUUGGUAACAUUGGAUUUAAGUGAAAAUAACUUAACAGGAAGAAUUCCAGAUUGGAUUAGCAGGCUACCUGCUUUGAGCGUUUUUCUUCUAAAGGCAAACCAAUUAGAUGGUGAAUUUCCUGUACAUUUAUGCAGACUGCAAUCAUUAAGCAUCUUGGACCUUUCACAGAAUAAACUUUCCGGUCAUAUACCUUCCUGUUUAAGUAAUUUAACUCUCAAGCCAAGGAGUGAAAAGUCUUACGACGUAUCUAGUGAUUUUGGGCUUCCUUUAUUGGAUGAGUUAAUGGUAGACAUGGGACUAACAACAUAUGAUCUCAUAGGCGAUUCAGAGACUGAAAAAAAUUAUCCUUUCAUCUUCCAAGAAGAAGAGGUAGAGUUUUCAACAAAGGGUGCAAGAUACACGUACAAGGGUAUUAUUCUUGAAUUGUUAUCGGCAAUUGAUCUCUCUUGCAACCAACUCACAGGGAUAAUCCCACCUGGAUUGGGGAAUUUGAGUGAAAUCCGAGGUUUAAACUUGUCACAUAACAACUUAACUGGACCUAUCCCCUCAACUUUUUCAAAACUCAAGCAGAUUGAGAGUUUGGACCUUUCCUACAACAAUUUAAAUGGAAGAAUCCCCCCUCAGCUGACUAAGGUGACCACUUUGGAGGUAUUCAGUGUCGCACACAACAACUUGUCAGGGCCUCUCCCUGAUAGGAAAAAUCAAUUUGGGACCUUCGAAGAGAGCAGUUUCAAGGGAAACCCUCUUCUUUGUGGACCUCCUUUGAACAAGAGUUGUCAUGAAGGUGAUUCACCAGGAACUCCAAGUGCUUCAUCUAGUGAAAAAGAACACGGUUUUCUAGACAUGGGUGAUUUCUAUAUCAGCUUUGCAGUUUCCUUUGCAAUUAUAUUCUUAGCAGCUAUCAUUGUACUCUACAUAAACCCAUAUUGGAGACGAGCAUGCUUUUAA